AUGUCCGGCGACGAAAAGAAAGAUGAGCCUGAGUUUUCUGGCUCCGAUAAAUCACUCAAACAGCUGCACCCAGCCUACUCGGUCACCAACGUGCAGUCAAAGAUACGUACCCUUGAUGGCGUGACGGUCACGUAUACGUCUUGGGUUAAGCUGUUUCGAUUCCAUGUUGUGGCCUAUCAAGUUACUGACCACAUCGAUGGAACUGAACCCCCACCAGAGACCGCAACCGAGUACAAAGCUUGGAAGGAGCUUGACGCUCUCGUUCUACAAUGGAUUCUCAGCACUGUAUCUGAUGAUCUUUUACCCCGAGUUCUCGACACUGGCCCCACGGCUCGACAUGCUUGGGUGAAACUCGAAAAACUUUACCUAAGCAACAAGAAAGCUCGGGCGGGGGCCCUUGAAACCAGGUUUUGCAACCUCACUUUAUCUACUUGUUCGUCUUUGGACGACUAUUGUCAGCGCCUCAAAGACUUAGCAAACCAGCUGGAAGACGUGGACCAUCCCAUAACUGAAGAUAGGUUGGUACUUCAACUUGUUCGAGGCUUGCCUGCAGAAUAUGACACAACCGCCUCUCUCAUCAAUGCCAACAGUGCGGAUUGGGAUCUUGCUCGUAGCAUGCUGGAAGAUGAACGUAUUAGACAAGAAGCCCGCCAAAAGACCAACCAGUCCGUUCAUGUUGCCACCACUCCAAACCACUCGUCCCACUCACAACCACAACCGCAUCCUAACCAUCACCCCCAAUCUGGUUCCUUUAACCCACCAUCCCAACAGCCUUACUACCACCGAACCGGUCGUGGCCGUGGCCGGGGCCGAAGCAACCGGGGACGUGGCUCUGGCCGCGGACCAACAUCAUCUUCCCAACCUUGGCCCUCAAGUCACCCAACCUACCCCCAAUGGGCUUGGUGGAACACUCCACCUUGCCCCUACCCAACUCAACCUGCUUUCCAGCCCACUACACCAUACAACCUACCCACGACCCAAACCCAAUCGGCCCAUUACUCUCCUGCACCUCAGCCGAACCCAACCCAACCUACUGCCGCCUACAGCCCACCCACCUACCCAUAG